AAGCGCUCAGCCGCCAAGGACGAUCGGACGCUGGGCGCAGCUGCGGCGGCUCGGCGAGGGGAGAUGUGCCCAGCUCUCGGCGUGCUCUGCUCUGCUUUGCUGCUCAGCCUGCUCCCUGCUGAAGGCCAGCCCGGGGAAGAACGUGGCCAGGACGGCAGCCAUGCUCCCAGCAGAGGCUAUCUGAUGGACGUUUUCCGCCUUCUUUCAGCCAGGGACGCUGAGCUGCAGACGAAGCGCUCCGGGGAGCUGGUCAGGAUGCUGCUGGAGAGAGCGGAGUGCCCGCAGGGGAUCGCUGGCACGCAGGAGGACUGCAAGCUGUGCCUGGAGCCCGAGGCUGUGCUGCUGGCGGCUGGCGGAGGUCCGGAGGAGCGCCUCAGCCAGGCAGUGUUCCAGAGGGUCUCCCUCAUCCUGCUCCACUCCAUUCUGCACCGCAGAGAGGUCUGCUCCUCACGCCUCAGCCUGGGCAGCAAGGACUACAAGUACUACCUGCAGAGCAUGCUCAGCCUCAGGCAGGAUGAGGACUGCUACUAUUUCUCCCGGAAUGAGACUGAGGACACUUUGGCUGCAGUAAGGCAGCACUUUAAAACCUCUGAAACCCAGUGCCUUGAUGUGAGCAGCCUGGAGGCAAGAGCUGAAAUAAGGGACAGAGCUGGUGCUGAUGAGAGCUCCCUCCCACGCCUGGCUGCCUUGAUCAUCACUCUGGCUCUCCAAGGGGUCUGCAUGGGACAGGCCACGCUGCCCUCCCCAGAGUUCUUUGUAAGAUACAUUUUCAGUUCUCUGAACAGCACCACUGAGCUUCAAGUGUCAGAACUAGAGCAACUCCUCAGUGUGCUGACAGCCAGAAGGAGCUGCACUGCCAAUGGACAAGCACCCAGGCACCACGGGAGGCGCUCAGGGGUGGCAGCCACAGACGCAGCAACCAGGAACCUCCCAGGCAAAGGAGACUACCUGAAGGUUGGUGAGGAUCCUGAAAGGAGCACAGACUGGCACCAGGUUUGCUUCUCUGCCAGUGAACUCGUGAAGAUAUUCUUCCCCAACAGCUCCUCCUCCGUCUCUAAGGAGCACUUCAAGGAGCUCAGCCCAGCUAUCAUUCAGCAGCUGUUGAGUUGCUCGUGUCAGCUCCCUGACUCCAAGCAGACAAAGCUUCCACCAACGGCUUUGGAAAAGUACGGAUACAGCUCUCUGGCUGUCCUGCUUAUCACCAUCGGAUCAAUGUUUGGCACCAGCCUCCUUCUGUUUAACUCCUGCCAGGAAACCUACACACUCCUCCUGCAGCUCUUUGUGGGCUUGGCUGUCGGGACCCUGUCCGGAGAUGCUCUGCUACAUCUCAUCCCUCAGACCCUUCGUCUGCACAGGCACGAAGGACAAGAGGCAGAGCAUUCCUAUGACGGGAAGGACUACAUCUGGAAGCUCUUGGGAAUCAUUGGAGGGAUCCAUGGGUUUUUUCUGAUAGAGAAGUGCUUCUUUCUUCUGGUGGCUCCUCACCAGCAGCAGGACCUUUCCCUAGCUAAUGGGCACUGGGGACACUCCCAUGGCAUUCCAGUGGAAUCUGAGCUGAGUGAACAUUCAGGCAGAGACAAAUCUACCUCCAGCAUACAGUUGAGAAGCCCAGAAGAUUCUGAGCCUGCUGAAGUUCCCCCAGAGAGCAAAGCCAUCAGGAAGAAAAGUAAGAAGUUCAGCCUCCUGGCAAUCAUGGUGCUGGUGGGUGACAGCCUCCACAACUUUGCAGAUGGCUUGGCCAUAGGAGCAGCAUUCUCAUCGUCGACAGAAACAGGCCUGACCACCACUAUUGCCAUUUUGUGCCAUGAAAUUCCUCAUGAAAUGGGAGACUUUGCUGUGCUGCUCAGCACAGGGCUCCCCACCAAGAUUGCCAUUUGGAUGAAUCUUGUGAGUGCCCUGACAGCAUUCCUAGGACUCUACAUGGGCCUCGCGCUGUCGGCAGAGCCCUGCGUGCAGCACUGGAUCGUCACCGUCACAGCUGGCAUGUUCCUCUACCUGUCUCUGGCAGAAAUGCUGCCUGAAAUGACUCACAUCCAGACACGGCACCCCUGGGUGGUGUUCCUCCUGCAGAACGUUGGGCUGCUGCUGGGCUGGCUCUGCCUCUUCCUCCUGGCUAUCUAUGAACAGAAAAUCAAACUCUGAGCUUGCUGCUGGCAGUGCUCAAGCACCACUGGUGGCUGGCACUGGUCAGGAUGCUGCCAGGCCUGCCGGAGUGCUGCGUCCACGCAGUCGCUGAGGGUUCUGCCUCCAAGCAGUAGGAAACUACUUCACUGCAUUAACUUAUUUUUCAGAUUUUGUAAUUUGAUGUUCUGGAGUUGUUGUUUUUGCUGUUGUUGUGUAAAGCUGAAUGUUUAGAAUCCUGCUUGGUGGGUGAGUGCCUUUACCAGAGCCCAAACUCACAGGAGCUGUUGUUUAGCUCGUAUGGAGGCUGUUCUAGCUGAGUGCUGCCAACCUGAUUGAAGAGGAGAAUAAAACAUUUGAUUGGACUGCACUAACCAGAGCUGAAUAAUCCAAAGCAGAAAUGGAUUUUGCCUCUUAGUAGAAAGAAUAAAUGGAUGUCUGUAAA